UCAGUACCUGGUGUUGGUAUGAGAGGAGAUGCACAGGUGAGCGGUGGUAGUGGUGGUGGGGCUGAUGUGAAGCUACCUGUGCUCUCCUCUAUGCUCUCUCCUAUGAUACUGACCACCACUCAAAUCGAAGGCACUUCGUGUCAGAUCAAUGAGUUUAAGUGUCUAAACAGUACCAAAUGUAUUGACGAGACCAAGAAGUGUGACCAUUGGUCGGACUGCGGCGACGGCGACAACUCUGAUGAACAGGGAUGCGAUUUCCCGGCCUGUCAUGAGGGCCAGUUCAGGUGCUCCAAUGCCAUCUGCAUUCCUCAGAGAUGGAAAUGUGACGGACAUUCCGACUGCACCGACAGUUCAGAUGAGGCCAAUUGCACGAUGAUCUCCUGUCCCGACACGAAAUUUUUGUGUCCAACAGAAAAAUUAUGUAUUAAUAAAGAGAAACUUUGCGACGGAAAACAGGACUGUAAGGAUGGCGCCGACGAGAAGGACGCCUGUUCGUCCAAACUGUGCGAUUCUUUGUCGUGUGAGUACAAGUGCAGGGCUUCUCUCGAAGGCGGGACCUGUUAUUGUAAGGACGGGAAGACCAUUAACCCGAAAGACCAGAGAACGUGUAUAGAUCAGGACGAGUGCAAAGAAUGGGGUUCUUGUGACCAGAUCUGUAUUAAUACACCGGGCAGUCACCAGUGCCAGUGCGGGUCCGGCUAUUCAUUGGUUGAGCCCCGACAUUGCAAAGCCACUAAUAGUUCGGAUAUGCGGCUAAUCUUUGGCCAUCACAGCGCCAUAUAUCGGAUCGACGCCACCGGUUCCACGUUAGACACCAUUACCAAUACAACUGCCGUCAGCGGUAUUGACUUUCAUUACGUGAAGAAUCAAUUGAUUUGGUCAGACGUCGAGACACGAAAGAUCUAUUUGAUGCAAUUGGACACAUGGCGUCAGCCCAGAGCUUUCAAUACCAGUAUUCAACAUAAGGAGAUAUCGGUGUCCUUUCAAUGGAAUCCGAUUGCAUUAGCCGUCGAUUGGAUCAACGAUAAGAUUUAUAUGAUAAGUCUGUUUGAAAUGGAUGGCAGUAAACACACGAUUGUCAUCAGUCAGAACCUGACGGCGCCGCUCGACAUAGCGCUCGAUCCGACCAAAGGUUUUAUGUUUUUCACGGACACCGAUAACAUCGAUCGGGCGCUUAUGGACGGAACCCAACGAAAGACAAUUGUCAUGAACUAUAUAUACAAAGCGUCGGGAAUUACUGUUGAUUAUGUGAACGAAAGAGUGAUGUGGUGUGACUCGCAAUUGGAUCAAAUUGUGUCGGUUGACUACGAGGGCCAGAACCGACACGCCAUCAUCAGAGGCAGUACUAAAGUGCCGGCGCCCGUGAGGGUCACUCUCUUCGAGAAUCACGUCUAUUGGACGGACAGCACUCGACAGGGAGUUCUCAAGACUAAUAUCUACAACAAUCCCGACGCCAACGUUGAGGCCAUAUAUAGAGAGCGACGUCUGGCCAAAGAGCCGCGCGGUAUCAAAGCGUUUCAUUCGGUUCGUCAGCCAAUAGUUCCUAACCCUUGCGGCUCUAAUAACGGCGGCUGUCAUCACAUGUGUGUCAUCACUCGCAACGGCGACGGCAGUGCCUAUGCCUUAGGAUACCGGUGCGCCUGUAGUAUCGGCUUUCAAUUGGCGUCCAAUCAACAGACUUGUGUCAGAGUCGAGGAGUUCCUAAUGUAUUCGCAGCAGAAGUUUGUGAGAGGAAUACUUCUGGACCAACAGUCGCCCGGAUUUAAUGAUGCAAUCGUUCCGGUGGUCAGCAGAUCAGCCCGUUUUGUGGGACUCGACUUCAACGCCAGGAAUAACUAUAUAUUCUAUUCGGACGUUAUAUUGGAUGUGAUCUAUAAGAUCAAAGUCGACGGCACCGGCAAAGAGAAUGUGUUGGCCUCACAGAACGAGGGCGUCGAGGGUUUGGCCCACGACUGGGUCUCAAACAAUCUGUAUUACAUCGACAGCCGGAAAGGGACUCUUAAUGUGAUCAGUGUUGCCAACUCUACAAACAAACGAGUUCUGCUGAAGAACCUGAAGCGGCCGCGAGCUAUAGUGGUUCACCCGAACAAAGGGUUUGUGUUUUACUCGGAAUGGGAUCGACCGGCGAAUAUAAGCCGCGCAUAUCUGGACGGAACAAAUGUGAUGAUCUUUAGGGGUGUUUUGCUCGGGUGGCCAAACGGGCUCAGCAUUGACUACCAGUUGGAUCGGCUGUAUUGGUGCGACGCUCUGCUCGACCACAUCCAACACGCGAACCUCGACGGCAGUGAUGUCAAGACCAUAAACUCUCCGCGCAUUAAACACCCCUUCUCUCUAGUCAUUCACGCCGAAUGGCUUUACGUCACUGAUUGGCGAUUGGAUGCCAUCUUAAGAAUGAAUAAAGAGAACGGUUCUAACGAACGCAUUGUCACCACUGUUGAAGAGGGCAGUCGUCUGUACGGCAUUCGUGUGUUUAGUAAAUCGGCCCAAAGAGUGGACAACAGACACCCCUGUCUUUACGACAACGGAAACUGUCAAAAGUUUUGUUUCCCGAUUCCGCUGAACGACAGCCACAGCUCCGGUCUGACGGCUCAGUGCGGCUGUCCGUACGGCGAGAAGUUACAGGACGACAAGAAGACAUGUUUGUCUGAUCCGGACAAAGAGCCGCCGGUUCAGGCCUGUCCCAACUCGUGGGACUUUACGUGCGAUAAUCAACGGUGUAUUCCGAAGACAUGGGUCUGCGAUGGAGACGACGACUGUUUGGAUAACUCGGACGAGAAGCAGAACUGCACUCAACCGACGUGUAGUUCCCGUGAGUUUAAGUGCGCGAGCGGUCGAUGCGUUCCCAUCGGCUUUAAGUGUGAUUCAGACAACGAUUGCGGCGACUAUUCGGACGAAACGGGUUGUGUGAACGUCACGUGUGAGGCCAAUGAGUUCUCCUGUGAAAACGGCAGAUGUGUUCCCCUCUCCUGGAAAUGCGAUUCGGAGAACGAUUGCGGCGACGGUUCCGAUGAGGGAGAGUCCUGUCACGAGAAGACCUGCGCCUACUAUCAGUUCACUUGUCCCGGAAGUGGUCACUGUAUUCCUCAAAGUUGGGCAAUUAUAUAA